AAUUAUUGAUGUUAUAAUUUUAACCAAAACAGAAACCUAAGGAAAAUUUCAAAAUUAAUAUAAAAUACAACAAUGUAAUAAAUAAUAAAUAUAAACACAAUUUUUUGAGAUCACCAAACAAUGAUUGGAAUAAUAAAUGAUAGGCAGUGAAGCAAAACCCCAAAGAAACAGUUAUGACUAAGCCAAUGAAAAAUGCUAGAGGUCGGCAUAAAAUCAACAUCAGCUACAACGUCGUCAUCAUCAGCAACCCGUGUGGCAGCUGCAUUUUUGCUCAAAAUUAUGAGACGACGUCUUAAAAUUUAAAUUUAAAUUUAAAUAAUAAAAUUAACAUGGAUUAUGUAAAAUAAAAUUAGCAACAAAAAAAAACACCCCAAGAAACCUUUGAAGACAACAAAUGGCCUGAAGGGAAAAUCCAUAAGCGGAAGUGUGGAAAAGAAAAAAAAAAUUGAAGGAAAAAAUCGAUAUUUAAACAAAUAGCUAAAUAACUAAGGAAAAACAAAAGUAAACAAACAAAAGAAAACUAAAAUAAAAGAAAGAAAAAAUCUAUUUUCCAAGAUUUCACCCUUUUUUCAAAAAAAAAAUCCCAAGGGUGACUUGUAAUGUUAUGACAACAAAGCUUUAACUACCUCUAAAAAUAAAAAUAGAAACCUUAACACAUUAAGUGCUGUCGUGAAUUGUCUCGAAUGUGUGUUAUGCGUGCCCGCCUGGCACGCUCUUGGUCACCGUCACCAUCAUCGCUUCGAUGUUUAAAAACGAACAGGAAUGUGACGGCCAAUGCGAUGAAUAUAUCCGUGAAUAUGCUUUUGAACCGGAACUUCUGAUAAAUCGCAAUGAUUAUUUGCGCCAGGAGGCCGAACAUCGCCAUGCAGCCGGGCUGCUAACAUCGACGGAAGCAUCGCGUCUCGAUGACACAUACUCGCGACGUUCUAGCCAUGAUCUUUACAAUGAACUCAAGAGUCAAGUUGAUGUGGAGAUUGAAGCUUUCUAUUAUAUGUAUGGCCGCUAUACCAAAGAUUUAGGAGAAUUUGCCAAAGAUGAAGCCAGAAAACUCAAAUUGCUGCAAAAACGACGAAAGUUGGAGGACAAACAGAGGAAUAAGGAACUCCUAGGGAAACGUGAGUCUCGUGCAUUUAAAGUCUCAUCAUGGAUAUGGAAACACACAUUUGCCCGCCUAGGCGAAGACUGGGUGUUUUUGGCCCUGUUGGGCAUAAUUAUGGCCCUGCUGUCGUAUAUCAUGGACAAGGGUAUAUCGAUAUGUACAAAUGCCCGUGUUUGGCUGUAUCGCGAUCUAACAUCUCAGCCCAUAGCCCAGUAUUUUGCCUGGGUCUCAUUGCCCGUCUGUCUGAUAUUGUUCUCGGCGGGCUUUGUACAUCUGAUAGCACCGCAGAGUAUAGGUUCCGGUAUACCCGAAAUGAAAACCAUUCUGCGAGGGGUGGCCCUAAAAGAGUAUUUAACCUUUAAGACAUUAGUGGCCAAAAUUGUUGGUUUAACGGCAACUUUGGGCAGUGGUAUGCCAUUAGGAAAGGAAGGUCCAUUCGUACAUAUAGCAAGUAUUGUAGCACAAUUAUUAAGUAAGCUAGUAACAUCAUUCCAAGGUAUCUAUGAGAACGAGUCGCGCAACUCGGAAAUGUUGGCCGCUGCCUGUGCAGUGGGUGUGGGGGCGUGUUUUGCGGCGCCAGUGGGCGGUGUAUUAUUUAGUAUAGAAGUAACAACCACCUAUUUUGCGGUGCGUAACUAUUGGCGCGGCUUCUUCGCCGCCGUCUGUGGUGCUACAGUUUUUCGUUUGCUGGCUGUUUGGUUCCAAAAUGCCGACACAGUGAGGGCAGUGUUCUUAACGAAUUUCACAACGGAAUUUCCAUUCGAUCCUCAGGAGUUGUUCGUGUUUGCCUUGAUGGGUGUCGUUUGUGGCCUUGGCGGAGCCGCUUAUGUCUGGGUACAUCGAAGAUACGUCCUAUUUAUGCGCUCGAAUAAGAAAAUGAACAAGUUCCUCCAAAAGAAUCGCUUCCUGUACCCAGGCUUCUUGGCUUUGUUGGUAUCAACCAUAUCUUUUCCCUUGGGAACGGGCCAAUUUAUUGCCGGUGAAUUGGGUACCCAUGAACAGGUGACCCAGUUGUUUAGUAAUUUCACGUGGUCUCGCGAUGAUUUGACCGUGGAGCAGGCAGCCAUUGUAACCCAUUGGGUGACACCCUAUACGAAUGUAUUCAUCAAUCUGACAUGCUAUGUUAUUUUUACGUUCGUUUUCUCCAUCAUUGCCUCGACGAUACCCGUACCCUCCGGCAUUUUCAUACCCGUCUUUAAAAUUGGUGCCGGCUUGGGCCGUUUGAUAGGUGAAAGCAUGCAUUUGUGGUUCCCUAACGGUGUCCGCUAUGGCGGUCGCCUCUCGCCCAUCAACCCUGGCGGCUAUGCUGUGGUAGGUGCUGCUGCAUUUUCGGGCGCUGUCACGCAUACGGUCUCAGUGGCGGUAAUCGUGUUCGAAAUGACCGGCCAAAUUACGCACGUCGUGCCGGUGAUGAUAGCUGUCCUGAUAGCCAAUGCCAUUGCGGCCCUGCUCCAGCCCUCUAUGUAUGAUAGUAUUAUACUUAUCAAAAAGUUGCCAUAUCUGCCCGAUCUACUGCCAUCCAGUUCGGGUAUGUAUAGCAUCUAUGUGGAGGACUUUAUGGUGCGCGAUGUCAAGUACAUAUGGCAAGGUAUCACCUAUCAACGUCUCAAAGAAGUACUGAAGAGCAACAAGACGCUGCGUUCCCUUCCCCUGGUCGAUAGUCCGGAAAAUAUGAUUCUGCUGGGGUCGGUGCAACGUUAUGAACUCAUCAAAAUGAUCGAAAAACACAUUGGCCGUGAAAAACGCAUGGAGGUAGCCCAGAAAUGGAAAAAGGAGGCUGAGGAACGCAUACGCGAAGAGGAACGCAAAAAGCAGGAGGCCGAACAGCGUAUGCGCCGUCCAUCCCGUUUCGAAGUCCUGCCCGCCCCUGACAUUCUCAGUCUGCGUCAAAUAGCCAACGACGAAAUGUUGCCACCCAAAAAGAAACAGGAAACCCUCAACAAUACGCUCCAGCCGCGUAAAUCCAUUCUCAAAAAGACAAACUCAUUUAAUCUUAAAGCUUUUACACCUUCCUCGCUGAAUAGUCCCAGCAUAACGCCAUAUUCCACCAUAACCGGCGCCGAGCAGCGCAUCCGCAAUGCCUUCGAGACCAUUUUCAAGAAAUCAACCACCCUACAAGAUGUUCAGCCCAGUGAUGGCCAGGAGCCGGGUUCGAUAUCGGCUGCAACGAGUACCGGUGACAUGAUGACACCCGGCACCCCGACGGUACAGAGGGCGCCCAGUACACCGGGUAUCUCGAAAAAAGUUCAAUUGAAUGCACAAAAGAAACCUCAAUCCGAGGAGGAUGCAAAUAUGCAAGUACCACCAGGUACCCCACCAAGACUUAAAAAAACUCAGCCGUAUAUUAUUGGUCUGAAUAAAACGACAAUUAUAAAUGACAUCCAUGGUCGGGCCAAAUUCAAGCCGAUACAUCAGCCAAAUAUGCAGCCACUACCAUCGAUUUUGAAAAAUUCCGAAAAAUGUAAAGAUCUCUAUUACAACACACUAAAUGAGGCGGAUUUUGAUGCCAUAACGGCUGAGAAUACUAAACAAAAUAAAGUUAAUAAACCCACUAUUAAAUCAAUUUUGAAAAAGCAUGACAACUUUAAAAUGCUACUGAAAAAAUCGACAGAAUUGAAAAAGGCAGAAAAAGAUAAACAAAAUCUAGAAACACAACAGGGCGUCUCUGGGGAUGGCAACCCCAGUCCUAGUAAGGAAACGGUGGAGGGGAAUGGUAAAAAUAAAAAUAUUAGCUCUGAAUCGUUAAAUGUUGAGAGAAAUGAAAAGGAAACGGAGAAUCAGAAUUUGAAUGAAAAGGAUACUCAGUCCACUGAGAACUUGCAAGCCAAUCACAAAGGGCCAUCCUAUAAAGGCAGUAUCAAAAAGGUCAAAAGUGUCCAAUUGCCACGAGAACGUGUCAUUGAUAUGUCACCGGAGGAUCAAAAGAAAUGGGAAAUGGAAGAAAUGCAAAAACCCAUUGACCUGGAGAAGGCCAAUGUCAACAUUGAUCCCAGUCCCUUCCAGCUGGUCGAACGUACCUCUAUACUCAAAGUACAUUCACUGUUCUCAAUGGUGGGCAUCAAUCAUGCCUAUGUCACGAAAAUUGGCCGUCUUGUUGGGGUGGUGGGCUUGAAGGAGCUCCGCAAGGCCAUCGAAGACAUCAACAGCAACAGUUUUGUGAUAUCGAAUCAAUUAAAAGACAAUCCUCUCGAUGUGGAAAACAGUGCCGCAGAGAAACCAUUGCUGCCGCAAGACAGCAGCGAUAAACAGGUGAAUAUGACUGUCACAUCUAUGGACUCGGCUCUAUCGAAUUCCGACAAUUGUUCCGACAUUGAAAUGGAGAAUAUUCACAAGACGACAACGGUGACGGACACCGCAAAGACAUGCAACACGACCACAACCACAUCGCCAUUAACAAUCACUUCCGACAAUCCAAAUUCCACAACCUCGUCGCCUGGCCAUCAGAGUGACUCGAAGGCAGAGUGACCGGGCCGGCAAAAAUUUUGUCAAAAAUUUUGUGUAUAUCUAUGCUAAAAAAAAAAAAACAAAAACAACAACAAGUAGUUUCUAAUUAGCUAAGUUUUUAAAUCUAAGAAGAAUUUAAGGAAAGCGUAAAAAAGAUAUUCUCCAAAUGAUUUUUAGUUAAAUUUUCCCCUCCAAACAAAA